UAGCUCCAGCUUUUAGGAGGAGGUUUGAUUUAGUAAAGAGCGGCGCAGAACAGGUUAAAGAGCGGGAGGGGUCCCAAUUCCUCCUCUCUUGUUCGCCAUGAUGAGCAAAUGAACUCUCGGGGAAUGAAAUUUAAAUUUCACAAAGGAGAGAAAGUCCUCUGCUUCGAACCAGAUCCGACAAAGGCCAAAGUGCUUUACGAUGCUAAGGUUGUAGAUGUUGUCAGUGGAAAAGAUGAAAAGGGUAGGAAAGUCCCAGAGUAUCUAAUUCACUUUAAUGGUUGGAACAGAAGUUGGGAUAGAUGGGCAGCAGAGGAUCAUGUCCUUCGUGACACAGAUGAAAACCGCACAUUACAACGUAAACUGGCCAGAAAAGCUGUGGCUCGCAUGAGGAGAAAGGGAAGAAGGAAGCGACGUUGUCAUCUGCCUGGUGUUGACUCUGUGUUAAAAACUCUUCCUGAAGAGGAAAAAGAGGAAAAUGAUGACAAUUCUUUAAUUUCGUCUUCUGAAGACAGUGAUGAGGAAGAUUCUGAUGACGUCGAAUCAUUAAAAAGUGAGGAGAGUGAUCUUGAAGAAACUGCAGAAAUGAACGAGGAUCAGUUCAUACUUGGACAGGUUAGUCCAUCCAUUGCCCAGCUGAUCCAUCUGGAUCAGUCCCUCAGAAAUCCAUGGCAGGGGUCUAUUAAAGAAGAACAAGACGUUCACCCGAAAAAGGACAUGGAGGAUAAAACAAUAAACAUAGAAAUCCCUGAGGUCUUGAAGAAGAAGCUGGAAGAUGAUUGUUACUACAUUAACAAGAGAAAAAAGCUUGUGAAACUUCCUUGCCAGAUGAACAUUGUCAACAUCUUGGAGUCCUACGUGAAACAUUUUGCAAUUAAUGCAGCUUUUUCAGCAAAUGAAAGAUGCCGGCAUCAUCUGACCACCCUGCAGAUGAAUCUAAAUCCUCAUUAUGUCCCACCAGAAAAGAAUGUUGAACUUUGUAAAGAAAUGGUGGAUGGUUUGCGGAUUACCUUUGACUUUACACUUCCGAUGAUCUUGCUGUACCCUUAUGAACAUGGCCAGUUCAAGAAGGUGACCUCUUCCAAGUUCUUUCUACCAAUCAAAGACAACUCUGCCAGUUCCAGCAGGAGCCUUGAAGAGCUGUCUCCCAGCCCCCCUCCUCUGCACCCCUCCACACCCCAGUCCACGGAUAGCCAGCCCACAGUGAACGAAGUCUCCACACCCAAGCGCAAGAAGGCGGAGCCCGAAGCCCUGCAGCCGCUACGGAGGUCGACGAGACACGCAUCCGGAGGAGAUCGCCUCUCCGAAAGCAGUGCCUCCCCACAGCCCAAGCGCCGUCAUGCAGAGACCCCUGCUCCACUGCCAAAGCUGUUCCUACAUUUAGACAAGAAAACUCCUGUUCACAGCGGCUCCUCUUCUCCUGUUACACUGACACCAAGCAAAGAGGGAAGCUCAGUGUUAUCGGGACGGGAAGGGAGGAGAAAUAAUGAAUUGAAUGAGGUGCUGUGUUGGAAACUGACCCCUGACAAUUAUCCACAGAGUGAUCAGCCUCCUCCUCCAUCAUACAUGUAUGGAUCACAACAUCUGCUCCGCCUCUUUGUUAAGCUUCCGGAAAUCCUGGGAAAGAUGCACAUUCCUGACAAAAAUCUGAAGGCUUUAGUGAAGCAUCUGGAGUUGUUCCUGAGGUUUUUGGCAGAGUUCCAUGAGGAUUUCUUUCCCGAAUCUGCAUAUGUAUCUGCGUCAGAGGCCCACUACAGUAUGAAACACCCACGAGCGAUCUACUGAUUCAGAAAUCAAUAAUGGAAACGGAUCGGAACUUUUCACUUAAUGCACGAUACAUUACAGCUUUUUUGCCCUGUCGCUAACAGCUGAAGCAUUAGAGGACUUUGAACGACCUUCAUAAAGCCUAGUACCUUUAUAACAAACUGCUGCUUGGAAGUGAUAUACAGUGGUGAAGACUGGAACCACAUUUAAUCUUUUGUCGUUUCUCUGUUGCACUGCAUCCUUUUUUGUAUGAGCCUUGCAUUGACAUUUUAAUGCUAAAUGACUGCAUUCCUCUUCCUGGUGUAGCUGUUCAGUUUUGUUUUUGGGCAGAAAAUGUGGACAAGCAUUACUGUAAAUAUGCUGUUCAUUAUGUAAUGUUUCUGUGGCAGUUUGAAGUUGUUUUAAAUACAGUUCCAUGGAAUAGAACCACUUGUUCGUAAUGGUUUAAUGUAAAGAAACUAUUUCACUUUCAAUAGGAACUUGAAUAUAAUAUGAAAAAAAAUCUUGUUUCAGAAGUAUGUUUCUUUCUUAAAUAAACUCUCCUUCACAUUGGUUGUUUACAGUACAACAUCUCUUCUGUUAAAAACAAGCAAGAGUCACAAUUAGUGACUUCUAGUAUGUGAGUAAGUAACACUACAGGGCAAGUACUUCUUGAUUGCAUAACUGGCCCUUUUUAUUUCUCUAAAAUAUUUGCGUGUAUUGUUAGAACUAAUAUGUCUAUAAAAUGGUUGGACAUGGCUGGUCUGUGAUGUUGCCCUAUUGCAUCAGUGCUGUUUUUCAGACUCGUUGAAAUGCUUUGCUCUUGUUGCAGCUCUGCUGAGCACAUGGAAGACAACACUUCACAUGAGAAGUGAGUGCAUGAGAUACAGAAUAUAGAGCAGCAGAGAGGCUCUGGUAACAGAAUAAUACAUACAUGAUAAAUGCAGCUGUGCCGGUUACAUGCAAUGUAUUUUGGUAUGUACUUGGUAUGCUUGUAGCUGGUACGACAUUAUUGCGAAAAUUGUAUGAUUUAUUUUUUUUUCUUUUACCUGUCUGUAAUAGGAUGAGGUCCUUGCUGAAACUGACUAAUUGUCUGCAUCCACAAGGAGCAGGGUUGUUGCUGUGUUUAUUUAUUAUUGUUGUUGUUGUUGUUAAUACCAUUAUAAAACAUGGUGAACGAUAGUUUUGGUGUUUUAGUCUUGUACACAGUUGAGGUACAAUAAGAUAAUGCCUGUGUAUAAGAUUGAACUGCUAACCUGUUUUUAAAAACAAACUCUGCCACCAGUACAGGGACAAAACAAUGUCAAUAUCAAAACAAACAGCAAUGGCUGCAGGUUAAGUUUUAUCUACAGAAGACGAGGAGAAAUUUGUGGAACAGCAGAAUACAAGUACUCUUAGAAAAUAAUAAGCAACAGAAAUUUAGUAAGAAAUUAUGUCAGACACAUGCCCAAAGCAGAGGCUCUUGAGUGACAAGGAAAUCAUCCAACUGCACUCUCCAAAAAAAGCCAAGAAACUUUUCUACUUAAAUUCUUUUGUAAUAAUAUAUGUAGUGUCCCCCCACCCAAAAAGAUGUUAAUAAAGUAAAAAUAAUAAUGACGUUUAAAAUGAAUUGUUAAUUAUUUUUUUUUUUAAUUAUAUUUUCUGGUGGUGUUCUUAACACUACUUCAGUUGUUAAAUAGUGCUAGUUCUAACAUUUCUGUCUGGUAUGUCACCACAUAUAUCAUCAUCUCUGGCUUCUGGAGACAUUGAUGAAUCACUCGAGCUAGCGCUCUUAUUAUUUCUAUGUUGCCAUUAACUCUCGAUAUAAUUACAGCCUCAUUAUGCACAGCACAGUUGGGUAUUAUAAUAAUAAUAAUAAUAAUAAUAAUAAUAAUAAUAAUAAUAAUAAUAAUAAUAUUACCUCCACCUCAAGUAGCUGUUUCUCUGGAUGAAUCCAUACUGGACCCCUUAAGGUGGGGUCCAGAAUUCUACAUGGACUCUCUGCAGUGUUGGUGGUAAUUCGCUAUAGCACAGUACAGUACCUCAAUGUUAGCUCCAAUUUAAAAAAAAAAAAAAAAAAAAAAAAAAAAAAAAAGUGCUGUUGUAGAAAUUGGAUGUAGAGAUCAAUAUGGUAAUCCUUUAUUUAUUCCAAGCAAACAUUUAGUGCUGUCAUCUUGGCAUUUUAAACAAUGACUGUUUAAUCUGCCACAGACAACAAGAAUACAGUCAAUCUUCGAUUUUUAUGUGAAGAUUCAAUUUAGUGUUGCAGCAUUGUAGUAAGUAACAGCCAAAUCUUAUUUUAUCUACAGAUUAUGUAAACAAUCAAGUGUGCAGUACAACUAUGGCCAAAUGUUUUGCAUCACCUUAUAGAAUUAACACAUUUUGCGUCAAAUGAAACCUGUUGAAUAAUGUUACGUUAACAUACUGAAUUACAUACCAAAACAUUCUCAUAAAAUUCUAGAGGAUGCAACAUUUUUAGCCGUAGCGUUUAUAGUCUAACAAAACAUUUAUUGCGAUAAAAUAAAAAAUCUAAACACAAGAGAUGGCUCAUAGUAUGCAUUUUACUUUUACUUUUUUUUUUUUCUCUCUCUCUAACUGAACCAUUGAAAUUGUAUUUUCUGGUUGGUACCUGUAGACAAUAACUUUUGUAUUGUUUAUGCAGCCUUAUAUCUUCAUUGUCAUUAAUGUGGGGUGUGAAACUAAUGCACUGUAAAAGUGUAGUCCAGGAAACCUGAUAUGCUUUUAAUGCAAGGAGUUCUGCACUUGUCUCUUUCCUGAGUGCAUCUGUAGCAUCAUCAAGCAAGUGGUUGAAGAAGCCACAACAUCAUUC